UGCCUUCUUCUUGCCUUUAGCAUCUUUGUAACAAUCAUAAUGAUUCCAUACAGGUGAUCUUAACGUAUACUCCCUACCGCUCUUCUCCGUUACAGGUGUUGUUGUGGUGUUGGUAGCUGCUGGCCGUUCUUGUUCUUGAGUUGUAGUAGCUUGAACAUUAACAUUUCCACUGUUAUUACCACUUUCAACAGCUUCCUUUGAAGCUUGUGGCUGUGAUCGCUUCUUACUAGGAAGAGGAGGCAAAUUAUCACCUUCUCUUGAUGUCGGUACUCGCUUCUUAGUACCCUGCACAACACAAUUCAAUCAAUAUCAGAAAAUGCACUUUUCUCCCUUCCAAUUAAUUAUCAAAACUAAUUACAAAAAAAACUAAUGUGGUGCUGCCCAUUCCCCUCCAUCUUUCCACCAAAAUUUAUUACCAAAACUAAGGUGCUGCUGCAAAUUAUCAUCCCUUCCAUCUAAUUAUCAAAACUAAUUACCAAAAACUAAGGUGUUGCUGCCCAUUCCCCUCCAUCUUUCCACCGAAAUUAUUAUCAAAACAAAGGUGCUACUGCAAAUUAUCAUCUCCACCAUCUUUCCACUAUUCUAAGUCAUCAAAUUCCACCAUUAAAUUAAAACUAAUGACUAAUAACCUAAAUAACUUACCCAGCUGCUGCUCCCCUCCAUUUUUCAAGGUUCAACGGCUUCAAGCUGCUGUGCUGGUUGGAGGGCGACGAGUUGCUGGGUCGUUUCUGGGUCACGAGAUGCGGGUUGUUGCUGGGUCACGCUACGUCGAGAUGCUGGCGAGUGGCGACGAGAUGUUGGCUGAUGAGAUGCUCGCUGCUGCUGGGUCACGUCACGUCGCAUCGCGAGAUGCUGGCGAGUGACGGCGCGGAUCCGACCGACGAGGCGACGAUGAGAUGCUGGGUCUCGGAGAGUAGGUGGUUGCCGCCCGCCUGCUGAGAUGGUGUAGGGUUAGGGAGCUCGGGCUCGGCCGCGAUGCCGAUUCAGAGGGGAGAUAAUUGAGAGGUAUUGGCUGCACUGCUGUGUGCUGUCCGUGUCCAAGUUGCAAUUUGAAACCCUACAGUACAUUGGGAUUCAGCUGGGCUGAAUGGGAGGGGGAGUGGGCCGAGUGGUUGGGCUCAUCUGGGGCCUGGGCUUUGCAUUUGGGUCUGUUUAUUAUUUAUCCGGUCUUCCGGUUUUGACACGGUUUUGACCCGGAUUGGAUUGGUCCGGGUUUUUUUACUAAUUAUGGGACCAAAGACGAGAUUGGAUUGUUUUAAAUCGGGCCUGGUCUUAAACGAUCCAGUUUCCGAUUUUUCAUCCGGUCCCCGACCAAAUAGCCAGCCCUAGAAUCCGUAGAGGUUGGAAGCUUCGCCUGAAAUCAGGUAAGUAGCAUCACACAACCAACUGUAGGCAAGACCAUAAAUUUGGGAGACUUAAAAAAGAACAAAAGAAGAGGUAUAGAUUAAGGAACUGGAAGAAAAGAUUCUGCUAGAUAAGAGGAGGAUUUGUUCCUCAAUGUGCAUGCGCAUGAGCCCAUUCCCCUAGCCAGAACACAACACGGGGAAAGAGAUAGAUUGGAUUAGCUACUAACAUAAACUAAUUAUGCUACUACUGGCCAAUGUUGCUUCUUUUGGACUGUUUCUAAGGUGGAGGAGUAUUUGCUUAUGAUACUAUUGUAUUGUAGGAUAGAUAUAUGGGAGCGUUGGGAGGAGAUGAACUGAUUUUUUCCAGGAUUUGAUUUUGAUUAGAGUUGAAAGCGUGGGCAGAGGGCAGAAGGCAGGGGGGGGGGGGGCAUAAGCGGCACCGGCCAGUCAAUGGUAGUGAUUAGGGCUGGAAAAAUAGACCAGACCGUUAGAAAAACCGUGAUCCAAAUCGUACCGUAAAAGUUUGGUCCGGACCGUAGACCGUUAAGUAUGGUCUGGUCUGGUCCAUGGUCUGUAUUACUUUAUGUUUUGAUUUCUUGGUCUGGUCUGGUCUAGACUGCGGUUUACCGGACCAAACCGUGGACCCAACUGACUUGUCAAUACGUGUUAACAACCCAUUCAACCACUCUCCUAACUCCUACAACGACACCCAAGUCUCAACCUUAGUUUUGUGAAUCUCGUCCCUCCUUCAUUCACAACCACAUUUAACCAGAGAGUAGAGAUAAUUGUGUCUUCAUAUGACAUUAUGUUAAUGCUUAUGACGUUAUGGUGCAAGUUGGGAUGCUUUUACAUUGUAUUUUUUUAUGUACUAAGAUUUAGGGUAUCAAAAUUAUUCAUGCAGGUUAGGAUUAACGUGUUAAGGAAAAUAACAAUGAUUUUUCUUGGUUAUUGGUUCAAUUUUUUGUGUGGUUGACUAAACAAAUUAUUCAUUUUUCGUUGAGUGUGGUCUAUCUGGACCAGACUAGACCGAACCAGACCGCACAGGCGUGGUCUGUACCGGACCGUAUAGUUUGUGGUCUGGUCUAUGGUCUAUACUUCAGCCUCUCGGUCUGGACCAUAGACCGUAUAUAUGAUAUGGUCUGGACCAGACCGCACAGUUUCCCAGCCCUAGUAGUGAUGACAAUUUGAACCCGCCCCGCAGGUAUUACCCGACCUGCAGUACCGUCGGGCAGGGCAUGGGUAUCUACUACCCGCCCUGCCACGCCCCGUUCUUGGCCCAUUCUACCUAACUUUUACAAUAUCUAUACAUAUUACUCUUACUUUGACUUUUCUUCAAUUGAUAGAGUCCAUCUUUCAACUGGUUAGACUCAAUUACUCAUUCUAUUAUCACUAUUUUUCAUUAAUAAAGUGUUUUUCCCUUC